GGCCGGGGCUGUGAGCGUACCUCGGUGGUACUGGGGCUGUUGAGAGGGUGUCAUGGCUGCUGCCACGGAGCUCGGGGCUUCGAGCAGCGGUGACAGGAGCCUGGAGCGAAGCUCCAGCCCCCUCUUCGCCCGAGAGGUCCUCUGCGAAAUCGUUCGCUCUCUGCACACUCUGGCCGGACAGCUUAACCUCAAAGAUGAUGUGGUGAAAAUUACAAUCGAUUGGAACAAGCUCCAGAGCCUCUCAACAUUCCAGCCUGCAUUACUCUUUAGUGCACUUGAGCAACACAUUUUAUAUUUACAGCCUUUUUUAGCAAAACUUCAUCCUUUGAUAAAAGAGAAUUCAGCUGUUGUUGAGGAUGUAAAAAACCCAGAAACAGAGAGCAAGAAUGAGCUAAAUGCUGAAUUUCCCACUGGGGACCUACAAGAGGAAGAAAAACUCAAAGACUGUGAUUUAAGAGAUGUGAAAAAGACACACAUCCAUUUUGAUCCAGAAGUAGUUCAAAUAAAGGCUGGAAAAGCAGAAAUUGACAGACGAAUAUCUGCAUUUAUUGAAAGAAAGCAAGCGGAAAUCAAUGAAAACAACGUCAGGGAAUUUUGCAAUGUUAUUGAUUGUAAUCAAGAAAAUAGUUGUGCAAGAACUGAUGCUGUUUUUACCCCUUACCCUGGAUUCAAAAGCCAUGUGAAGGUUUCCAGAGUUGUAAAUACAUAUGGACCACAAACUAGACCUGAAGGACUUCAAGGGUCCGUUCAUAAACUUAGCGGCACACUUCGAGAUUGUGGUAAUCAGGCUGUAGAAGAACGACUACAGAAUAUUGAGGCUCAUUUGCGAUUGCAGACAGGUGGUCCAGUGCCGAGAGACAUUUAUCAGAGAAUUAAAAAACUUGAAGAUAAAAUCCUUGAAUUGGAAGGCAUCUCUCCUGAAUAUUUUCAGUCUGUAAACUUCUCUGGAAAAAGAAGAAAAGUGCAACCACCACAAAACUACUCACUGGCUGAACUUGAUGAGAAAAUUAGUGCCCUCAGACAAGCCCUGCUCAGAAAAUCAAGAGAUGCAGAGUCCAUGGCAGCUCACCACCUUCCGUGAAUCCCCCCAUCCUUAUCAUUUUCCUUUUUUAUAUACGUGUGCGUAACUUACAGUGCAGCUAAUUAAACAGAUAUGUACUAAUCAUAUAAACCUUCUUGGAAAGUCAAGAUCUACUUUUACAUGAGUUUUGCUUGCAGCAAGUAGUCUUCAAGUGUUCCAGUAAACUUGGAAUAAUGAAUGCAUUGAAAAUAGCAUUGUUGCAAUUUAUUCCCUUCUGUUUUAAAGGAGGUAUUUUGGAUAUUAAAAAGUUUAAUUUGAAAGUACAUGUUUUUUCUGGUGACCUCAAAAAGGAAGAUAUUUUGAUAGUGAUACUGUAAAAGACUAUAUUUGUAUUGGUGAACCAGUUUAUUAGUUUAUAUUUGUACUUUGCAUAUGCUGAGAAUUCAGUCAAAAGUAUUGACUGAAAUGAAUU